AUGGCUCCCAAGUUUCGGUUCGACUCUUCCCGCGUGCACAAUGAGGUGUGGUCGCGCACGCGCGGCUUCACCGAGCAGCAGAAGGCUGCGUUUACCGCGGGCUGUGCGCGCAGGACGAUGGGCCUUUACAAGGCGUGGGAGCCGUCCGGUGAAGCUUUCUCCAUCCUCGAACGCGGUUUGCAACUUGUCUGGUGUGCUGCAGGCGGCCACGCGAUCACCCCUGAGCUUGCAUCCGCGGCGAAUUGCGAGCUUGAGGCGCUGCUGUUAGAUGAGGAUGAUGACGACUGGACAGGGAAGAGUUCAGUUCUCGAUAGUGCGGCAAUCGCUGUCAUGCGCUCGAUCGACGUUGCGUUGGGGGCGGAGUUCCAAUACAUGGAAUGGUGUGUCAGUCAGCUUCUCGACUCUGCCUACUUCAUCGUUAACGAGGCAAGCGACUCCUCAGACUACGUCCUCGACCCGGAAGCUUGGCCAUUCUUCGCCCAAGUGCUGAGUGUUCUCUGGCAGGACCUCGACGCGCUUUCUGGGGAUUGUGAUCUCCACAGAGAGUUUCUCGCCACUUACCAAUCUCGGGUCGAGCAGGAGUCUGCACAGAUGGCCUCCGAAGCGAGGGCGCUCCUUGACGCUUGA